CUUCGGGUAACGUAUUUCUUCAUUUUCUCCUCGAAAUGUCAAAAAAUAAUUUUUGAAGUUUUGAUAGCUUGACGCUGAUUGGCUGAGAUUAUGUUUACGAAUGAGGAGUUUCCAGACCUUAGAAAUAUAGGGCCGUGGUAACGAGUCGAGUGAUGGUUAUGUUAAAUUUCACCUCCUCUGCAAUUUACAAGAAUUUAAAAUAAUCAACUAAUCUAGUUACCAAUUACAACAACAAAAUGUCCGAUUACCCAAAUCCCGAUGAAGAAUUCGAGCUUAUGUACGCAGAUGAACUCGAGUUAUUGCAAGAAGAUCCACAAUACAAUGCAACUCCCGAGGAAAUAGCACCGAAAGAACCACCAUUACAAAAUGAGAGUACUCCUCAAACUCAGUCUACUAGUAACAAACGAAACGUUGAAGAAUUAUUCGGAGACAUCAGCGAUCUAGAUUUCGCGCAAUUCGAGCCUGAAGCCAAAAAAACCAAACUCAAACCCAGCAAAGAGGAUGAAUUGAAGGAAUUGAUGGAACACAUUCUUCUACUGAGAAAAUUGAACAAAGAAAAAGCCAAUGUACUAUCAAUAAACACUUCUAUUUCAUCUAGAGCUCGUAAUGCGGAUAGGGACAGUCGCAAUAUCUCGCGCAGAGUGCCUAAAUAUCCUUAUAUAACCGUCAGAAGAUCGGACGGGGAGGAUUUGUAUGUUCGAUUCCACUCGGAGGAAUACGAGCGAGAAGAAGUGCUGAGUGUCGUGAAAGAAUCUAAAGUAGGCCAUGAUGUUUUGGGAAGUGAGAAGCAAAGGAUUUGGAACGAAGCACAAACUUUGUUAAACAAACUCAGUACAGAAUCAAGCGAAAUGGAAUUGUCCGAGCCCCAAGAUUUCGGAAGCGACAGAGACUUGUGGUUGGAUUUGUACCGGCCUAAAAGGUACAUCGAAUUGCUUAGCGAUGAAAGCACGAAUCGUACGAUGUUGAAAUGGUUGAAACUUUGGGAUAAAGUCGUGUUCAAUCGAAGACCUAAGAUCAAACCUACGUUGAAACAAUAUGAUAAAAACACUAGUAAAUUCAGACCGUUUGAAUUGAAUACUGAUUUAGACGAGCAUGAUAGACCUUUUUAUAAAGUGGCUUUGUUAUGUGGACCUCCCGGAUUAGGUAAAACCACCUUAGCGCACGUAGCGGCGAAACAUGCAGGUUACAACAUAGUAGAAAUAAACGCAUCUGAUGACAGAAGCACCGAAGCAUUCAAAACUUCAUUGGAAAAUGCUACCCAAAUGAAAUCUUUAGUUGACACCGAAAAUCGACCCAAUUGUCUGAUAUUCGACGAGAUAGAUGGCGCACCGAAAGCCUCGAUUGAAUAUCUCAUUAAAUUUGUAAAUGGGAUUAAGAAUAAACCGAAAAAAGGGGGCAAAUCCAAGCAAUUCAUCCUCAGAAGACCAAUAAUUUGCAUAUGCAACGACGUCUACGCGCCGGCUUUGCGUUCUUUGCGCCAAAUAUCGCUGGUGCUCCAUUUCCCUCGCACGUCCAGCGCCAAAUUGGCCGAAAGAUUGACGUCCAUAUGCAGAAGAGAAGGUCUGAAGACCGAUUUGAGCACCAUGAUGGCCCUGGCGGAGAAAACCAACAACGACAUUCGCUCCUGUUUGUCGAUGAUGCAUUUCUUCAAAUCCGAAAAGAAAGCGGUGACUUUAUCGGACGUUUUGCGAGGCAGUUUCGGCCAGAAAGACAUGCAAAAAGGUUUGUUCGCUGUCUGGCAAGACAUUUUCCAAAUACUCCGUCCAAAAUUCAACCCGCUUUACCAAGAAAAAGACGCCUCUAAGAAACAAAACGAGGCGAACAGGACCACUAAAAUCUUCCAAACGAUUUCAUCAUUCGGAGAUUACGAGAGAGUGGCCCAAGGCGUACACGAAAACUUUAUUUCAUUAAAACUUAGAGACUCCACGUUGGAAGGUUUAAGCAAAGCAAUGGACUGGUUCGUUUUCAACGACCUCAUCAGCCAUCAAAUACACACCACGCAAAACUACAGCUUGUCCUCCUACUUGCCCUACGGAUUCAUCGUGUGGCAUUUUUUGUUCGCCACAACGCAAGCCCAGAAACUGAACCUUCCUUCUGCUGGAUUCGAGAUGAAACAGAACCAAGUCAGGCGGUCCGCGAUCGUGGCCGAAAUGCUAAAAGGCAUGCGACCGACGAUAAAAACCUACUGCAACAAAUCCUCGUUGCUGUUGGACAUCCUGCCGUUCCUGCUGAAAAUAAUAUCGCCCAAUUUCCGGCCCGUCAAUCUCCAUCUCUACACCAAAGAGGAAAAGGACGCCAUGACCAGAGUGGUCAACGUCAUGAUCGAUUACAAUCUGAACUACGUGCAGGAGAGGCGGCAGGACGGCGUCUACGUGUUCAAUCUGGAACCAGACGUCGAGGAAUUGUUCCAGUUUUCCUGCAAAAAGCGACAGCUGUCCUAUUCCAAUAAGCAGCUGAUUGCCAGAGAAAUAGAGUUGGAGAAAAUGCGACGAACGGAGGCGAGCAAGAUCGAUAAGGAAUCGAUCAAACAGAAGCCUAAUCACUUGCAAAGGUUGCAGGCGAAUGCUGUUAAGGUUGCAAAAACAAUAAAACCGGCCGUAACUAAAGACUUUUUUGGAAGAAUCGUUUCAACACCAACGAUUUCAGUUAAAGGAGGUCCAAGUCCGAGUAACCGUAUUUGGUAUCAAUACAAAGAGGGUCACAACAACGCAGUACGUAAACCUAUAAAAAUUGCUGAUCUGUUGUAAAUAUUACAGAAUUUAUUUAAUAAACUAAUUAGGUACUUAAAAA